GACCUCUCCCUCAUCAUUAUCUCCUUCAUCAUCAACCCCACUGUGGACAAUCCCAUCACACUAGCAUUUCUAGAGAGGGAGAGAGAGGGAGAGAGAAGGAGAGUUUGUGGUGUGAGAAAACCUGGAAUCACUUUUUUAUCCGUCACUUCUCAGUUUCUUUGCUCUGCAAGCAAUCUUCCGACCACGCGAGUGCUGCUGCUUCUGCUUUUCUUAUCCCCUGCUGUAGGCUUCACAGCAGCGAAUGUGAGGCUGAGAUCUGAGCUUGUACGGACGACGCUCGUUUUGGAUCUUUGGACGACAAUGGGGAGUGUGUCGUCGGAGGACGGCUCGGACCUGCAGAGCGAGCGGUGCGGGAGCUACAGCUUAAGCGCCGACGUGAGCGAGUCCGAGAGUUGUAGCAGCUUCUCGUGCCGGAGGUUCGAUGCAGAGGGGGCUUCGAGCUCCAUGACGUCGUCACCGCUUCCGGUCGCCGGAAAUUUCUUCUUUCAGGCGCCGGUGAUGCUUCCGGUGAUCGGAGGAAAGGAUGUGGUGGCUUGGGAUGAGAAGCCCGAGAAACGAAAUGCUGAUUUGUCUGAAGUUGAGAUGAUGAAGGAGAGGUUUGCCAAGCUUCUGCUUGGAGAAGACAUGUCAGGAGGAGGAAAAGGAGUCUGCACUGCCCUUGCUAUCUCAAAUGCCAUCACCAAUCUCUCUGCGACCGUGUUUGGCGAAUUAUGGAGGUUAGAGCCGCUGAAAGCACAGAGAAAGGCAAUGUGGCGCCGGGAAAUGGAGUGGCUGUUAUGUGUGAGUGAUUCAAUUGUUGAGCUUGUGCCUUCGAUGCAACAGUUUCCGGGUGGGGGGACAUACGAAGUCAUGGAAAUGCGGCCGCGCUCUGACUUGUAUGUGAAUCUACCUGCCAUUAAGAAGCUUGACGCAAUGCUGCUUAGUAUGCUAGAUGGGUUUUGUGAGACAGAGUUCUGCUAUGUUGAUAGGGGGAUUAUUUUGGGGGAUUCGAAAGAGGGUGAGGGGUUUAUUGGUGGAAGGCCUUCAAUUAGGCAAGAAGAGAAGUGGUGGCUGCCUUAUCCUAAAGUUCCGCCAAAUGGGUUGUCUUGUGAAACAAGGAAGAAAUUGCAGAAGUGUAGGGACUGCUGCAACCAGAUAUUGAAGGCAGCCAUGGCGAUUAAUAGUAGUGUGCUAGCUGAGAUGGAAAUCCCAAGAGCGUACAUGGAGUCGUUGCCCAAGAAGGGGAAAGAUUGUCUGGGCGAUAUCAUUUAUCGUUACAUAGCUGCAGACCAAUUUUCACCAGAGCAUCUUCUGGAUUGCCUGGACUUGUCCUCAGAACAUCAAACUCUAGAGAUAGCCAAUAGAAUUGAGGCAGCUGUGCAUGUUUGGAAGCAGAAAGACCAGAAUAAACACAAUAAUCAUAAAGCUAAACGGGCAUCCUGGGGUGGCAAGGUCAAGGGACUUGUUUCCGAUACUGAAAAGAGCCAUUUUCUGGCCCAACGAGCAGAGACGCUCUUACACAGCCUAAGGCAUCGUUUCCCUGGCCUCCCGCAAACUUCACUAGAUAUGAACAAAAUACAAUAUAACAAGGAUGUGGGGCAGUCAAUUCUGGAAAGCUACUCAAGAGUUAUGGAGAGUCUGGCCUUUAACGUAAUGGCAAGGAUAGAUGAUGUACUCUUCGUUGACGAUGCUACCAAGCGAUGUGCUGCUGCGGAAUCAGUGUCUAUCUUCAGCAGGGGAGGUUUGAGUGGCCUUCCUGUUCAGAAGCGGAUGUCACCAAGCCCCUUCUCCAUUCAACACACUCCUUAUGCGUCUCCACUUGCAACACCGGUUUUCUGUUCUUCCACCCCAGUUAUUGGAAGCCCAGGAAGAACACCUCUGUGUGUAAAGCGCAACGUUAUAAUAGACGACAAGUCAGAGAGAUUACUCGCAUCUGAUUUUGAGAGGGUGUGGUCGUAUGCCGGAAGCCUAAGCUCAAGAAGAACAAGGGAUGCUCCUGAACGGGAUUGACUAAGUUAAUGUUAGGUCAGUUUAAGGUUAAGUAGGUUCAUGUUACAAAAAGAAGUUGCAGAGAUGGGUCUAAAGCCUAACGCCGGGGUGCUGUUGAGAUCUAACGUUGUAUAUUCUUUAUUAGCAAUAGAAAUAGGUUGUUUCUCUAUAGUUUUGAAUCUGAUCAGGUAGUAGAUGAAGGAAAAUGACAAUUUUAGUUGAAAGUUGGUUAUAAAUUUCCGGCAUUCCGCAUGGCGCUUGUAACUUAAGUAGUUAAAAAUCUAUCCAUGUACUGUGAAGUAAAUGUUCAAUUUACCCCUCCCCUAUAUCUUUUAUAUCGAAAGUUAAAAUUCUUGCA